AUGGACGGCGAAGCAGAAGCUGCUCCCAAAAGACGACGAGUAGUGGUGGGUCAGAGACAGCGACUUGCCGCCGCCGAAGCUCAGCAGGACCAGCCGUCUGUUUCUGAAAGUUUUUUGGCCAAGGACCUGAAGGAAAGAUGGUCUUGGGGCGAUUUGUCUGUCCAGGCCAUGCAGGCACUGGCUGCGAAGGCUGUCAAAGACUUCGAGAAUUGUGGAGCAAAGGCCCCAACGGAGUUGCAAGCUCUGGCGAAGCUGGGUUCAGGCGGCAUCCACCCUAACAACAUGAGACGUGAGAUCAUGAAAAUUACAGAAGUUGGUUGCAGAUUGCCGCCUUUGCAGCGGACUGCUCUACAGUUCAAGCAGCCCUGGGGAAAUCAGCCCCAGCUCAUGAUGCUGCCUCAUGAGAUGUUCUCCGCCUUGUACGAGAAUUACCACGAAGCUUUCAAGCGGUACGUGGUGGCCGAUGCGAAUGUCUUGCAGGAGUUCUGGCGGCUACAGAAGAAGCACCCGCAGUUCAAAGACCACCCUGUGGUAAGCCAGGCUUCCUUUGAGCCUCGAAAGUUCGUGCCGCUUUCUUUACACGGCGAUGGAACACCUGCAAUAGGUGUCGGGAAGAUAUGGAGCCGAAUGUUAACCACCUGGAGCUGGUGUAGCCUGGUUGGUGGUCCUGCCUGGACCAAGGAUUCGCAACUGCCCAUUUAUUUCCUCUUCGAUGAAACAGAUGACGGCACAGCAGCGACUACCUUCCUCAGCAUGCUGGCCUGGAGCUUCAAGGUGCUGCAAGAAGGUCUUUGGCCCUUUGCAGACCACAAGGGCAACCUGUACCCGCCCACGAGCGACCUGGGCCGUAAGGCAGGAUCGCCCUUGGCGGGGGGGUGGAAAGGCGUCAUCUGGGCAUUGGUCGGCGAUCUUGAGUAUAUGGUCUCAAGAUUGAACAUGCCACAUUUUGGCCAAAAGCACAACCCGUGCGGCCUUUGCAAAUGCUCGGGCGACGAGACUUCCACCUCCUGGAGGAAUUGCAAACCGACAGCGCCAUGGCUCAGCAUGCAAUGGUCUUUGGCAGAGUGGCGGUCUUUUCCGGACCGCCCGAAAAACCCGCUGUUCGACAGCGGAGUAUGCUCUGCACUCAGUUGCCACAUGGACUACAUGCACACGAAGUACUUGGGGCUGGAUCCUCUGGGAUUCGGGAGUGUGCUGAGCUUGCUCGUCAACUUCGUGUUGCCCGACUCACCUCUCGCGAAUUUGCGAUGUGUGUGGGAGCACCUGCUCAGCUCCUACAAAGCCUUGAAAAUCGUGGAAAGGUUCAGGGGCAUGAGAAAGCUCAGUCUUUUUCAGAGGAAGAAGCUCCCGCCGAAACUCAAGGGGAGAGCCAUGCAGAUCCAGGCUCUGGGGGAACCACUACUCCUCUGCUGGCAGAAUUUCAUGAACAAAGACCUCGAAAUUCACCUCAAGAUCGAGAACUACUUGAAGGUGAAUCUAGCCCUCGAGAAGAUCCUGCAUGCUACGAGGACGGAGAUGGCCAUGCCUCCAGACCAUGCGGAGAAGUUCAAGAAAUUGGCUUUCGGGCUCUGCCAGCUGCACCGACAGCUGCGGGAACACUUUGAAGGAAACUACUUCGCAGACCUCCCGAAGAUGCAUUUCUUCUUGCAUGCCUGCCUUUUGGCAGAUGUGCUGCAUCCCCGGCUCACAUGGUGCUUCAAAGGAGAGGAUCUUCAGAAGAUCUCUCGAACCUUGGCUGGCUCCUGCUGCCGGGCUGUGACCGGCCCUCGGGCUGCGGCAAAAAUGUCGCAGCAGCUCCGCAUAGCUUGGCACUUGCGGCUGGACAGGCUUUGUGGAGAGUGA